AAACAAAUUGACGUUUUUUAAAUCAUCCAUUAUUAAUUUGUGAUAUUUCAAAAUCAGUGAUAAAUUUUCCAUUAUUGCAGUCAUGGUUUCUGAAACUGUGAAAGAGUUUAUCUAUCUUUUCGUCUCGGAAUUUGUUGCGACUGCAAUUUUCAUCUUCGUGGGCUGCAGCUCCUACGUAAUUGGACCAAUACGUCCAUACUCGGACUUUGUGAUUGAGUUAAUAUUUGGUUUAAUAAUCAUGCUAGAUCUCAAUACUUUUGGACAUCUAUCUGGAUCAUACCUUAAUCCAAUCAUUGGCAUUACCGCUGCUAUCCUAAAAAUGAUUACACCGCAAAAGGCAAUAUUGUAUUCAGUAGCUGAGAUUUUGGGCAGUAUCGCAGGAUUUUUUCUCUUGAGACUUGUUACACCGAAAAUACAUCAACCUGGUCUGUGCACUAUAAAUCCUCACCCUGAUAUAACACCUUUUAUGGCGGUUUUCGUAGAGCUCAUUUACACUUCUAUUCUGAUCGUGUAUCUCUGCUCAGUGUGGGAUGUUAACAAUAUCGAUCUUAUAAUCUUUGCGCCAUUCCGCAUAGGUAUUAUUGUUACAUGCCUAGCUUUGGCCGCUGGUCCGUAUUCUGGUGGCUGCAUGAAUCCCGCUAGAGUGAUUGGACCAGCACUGUAUAAUGGAGAUUGGGAGAAUCACUGGGUCUACUGGGUAGGACCAUUACUGGCGUCUAUAGUGUCACCAUACCUUUAUAAAUCCCUCUUCGUAAAUGCAAAAUUUCCCGUUGCACCUGAGUAUAAAUCUGCAGUUCAAACACCUAACGUUGAGAACCAAUCACAGGCUGAAGAUGUUUAGAUACCACAAAAUUGUUCUACAUAUUUAUGAAAUAUUUAUUACUAGACCAGAAAAUCAUAUCUUCUUUCAAAUAAACACUUCUUCUUUUGCAAAAA